AUGGCCUCGAAAAGUUACGACACCGUGCUACAGGCCGUCGGCAAGACUCCCCUCAUCUUGCUCAACAAAAUCCCGCAGGCCCAAGGAAUCAAGGCGAACAUUUACAUCAAGUGCGAGUACCUGAAUGCCGGUGGCUCGUCCCACGACCGCUUGGCGAAGCGCCUGAUUGAGCUUGCCGAGGAAAAGGGAAAGAUCAAGCCGGACACGACCCUGGUCUACAGCGCCGGGCACAAUGUAGCGGUCGCUAUGGCUGUUGUUUGUGCCGUGAAGGGAUAUCGCCUCGUCAUCGUCACGCCCGAGCGCGAAGUCCGCGACAAUAACACGUUGCUGAUCGCCCUAGGAGCCGAGGUUCUCCGAGUCAACACCGGUGUCUGCUCCAAAGGGUACGCCAAGGCGCUCAACAUACCCAAUUCCAUCCUCCUGAACGCGCUGGAGAAAGAGCUGGCUGACGAAAUUGUCGGCUACAAUCUGGGCGAUGAGAUUCUGGAGGCGAAAGACAAUGUGCGCCUGAUCGUCGUCCCUCACGGAAUGGGUGCCGCGGCAAUUUCCGAGAAGGCGCAGGGCAAAGCCGCGGUCGUCUCCGUCAACAUCACCCCGGAUCACAAGACCACAAGCGGGUUGGAACGCUACCCGUUUUUGGAAGUGCCCGGCGAGCAAGAAUCACAUGACGUUGGCUCAAAGGAAUCUUUCUUGAUGGCCCGUCGUAUGAUCCGUGAAGAGGGCAAGGCCAAGCAUUUGUCGGAGCACGACAAUGUCGUCGUGGUGCUCAGUGAUGGCAUCCGAAGUUAUUUGAGCAAGUUCUGCGACGAUCAGUGGCUGAAGGACCAGGGCGUCAUUCCCGAGGUGCACAAGCCGACCGCCAAGCCGGAUGACAAAUUCGACUCGAGCAUCGUCACGGCUACUGCCCGACCACAUAGCCGGCGCUUGGGACCAGACCGAAGACGGAAAGUUCAGCAAGUGCAGCGGAGCCCUUCAAGCCUUUCAGCCGUGCUCAGCAACGCACUCGAAGCCGUCGGCAACGCGCCGCUUGUCAAAGCUGCAGCGCCUCCCGAAGAUGGACGGCGUCAACGCAGAGCAUUUCUAGCCGAGCAGAAGGGCAUUCUCAAGCUGGGGAUGACGCUGAUCGAGCCAACCUCGGGAAAUACCGGCAUCGGGUUGGCGUUGGCGGCGGCCGUCAAGGGAUAUAAGUGCAUCAUCGUGAUGCCGGUGAAAAUGUCAAAGGAGAAGGCGGUGGCGAUGGAGUCGCUCGGUGCUAUCAUUGUUCGUACGCCAAACGAGGCCGGCUUCGAUUCGCCCUACUCGCACAUCGGCGUGGCGCUGCGUCUGCAGAAGGAGAUCCCCGGCGCCAUCAUCCUUGAUCAGUACCGUAACAUGGGCAACCCGAUGGUGCACUACGAACAGACCGGCGAGGAGAUCAUCGCCCAGGCUCCCGCGAAGCUCGACGCUGUUGUGGUGGGUGCUGGCACUGGAGGAACCGUCACCGGUAUCGGCAUGAAAAUCAGGGACGAAGCUGCGGGGCUGCGAGGUGGUCGGCGUCGACCCGAUCGGCUCAAUCCUCGCCGAUCCCACGCAGGACUGGACCAAGUCUUAGCUAGGUGGGAACAUGGGUUUUUUGCCGUAUAUCACUUCCGAAAGUACGCUGUAGUAUUGAUGAUGAUUCCUGGUGUCCAGGUCGAGGGCACUGGUUACGACUUGAUGUCCGGAACCCUGACGCUCAACUGUGCGUGG